AUGGCUGUACCAAUACCGGUUCGGUUCUGCGAGGCACGGCAGCUCGGCCCUCAGACGGCGAGCAUUGCUGGAGCUGAAGUGGCACGGCAGCUUGACGGAGACCUGGAAGAGCGCGCUGAGGAUGCAAAGCACGCAGCGGAGAAGGUCGCCUUGGACCUGGGCUUCACACAGCCGACAGCGGACCAGGAGGGUGAUCGGGCCAAACGCCUGGUGCUGGAGAACGGCCAGGUGGGUGGAAAUGCCGAAGAGGUUGGAUCAGAGCUGGGUCCUUCAGCCACUGUUUCCGCAGACGCAGACAAGCUGGCAGACCGUUUGGGAGAGAGCCUGGGAGCCAGCGCACCUCCGGAACCAGACAAUGCUGGUGACGGUGCUGCGAUGGUUGCUGCAACAGGUGCUGGCCUGGCGAAGCGUCUGGAAGGUCUGGGAAAGGGCAGGGAUGGCACCUCGCUGGGAUCAGCGGAAAGCUUGGACGGAGAGGGUGACUCAGGAGAGGGAUUAGAGGCCCCUGCGCCAAAGUCAGACUCUGGUUCAAACUGGUGGGACAACCUCCUUGUUGACGUUAUGCUCGGCCUGGCUGCUCUCCUUGCCGUUGCGGCCUGUGGCGUGUGUCUCAUGUCCAUGAUGACCAGCAGGCAUCAUGUCAAGAAGACAAAGCGCCAUGUGGCUCUGAGCGCGGAGGACCUCGCCGUGGCUUUGCCAGCAAAUGGGGGCUCCAUGGAGCGCCAACUAGCUUUUGACCACGCGCAGCUGCAGAUGUUACAGGAAGGAGUGGACAUGCCAUUGACGAAGGCUCAGAUGAGCUUGGUGGAGAAGAGGGAGGUUCUUCGACAUGCAUCUGGUCAUUUCCCAAAGCAGUGGGCAAGCAGGCUAAAGGUCAUGAAGAUCCUUGGGGAGGGAGCCUUUGGGCGGGUCUUCCUAUGCUCAACAACCUGUGGCGGCUCCUCGAUGUCAGUUUCAGUGAAGCUCGUCCAGGGCUCGUCGACGGCCGAGCACGAAGUUGACAUGAUGCGCCGGAUGUAUGGUUUGUCCGACUACUGCGCCUCUACCAUCGGGGCUCCAGACUACGUCAAGACUCCAUUGGGCGUGUGGAUAAUGAUGCCAUACUUCAAUUCUGGGGACCUUUUCGGUCUGGUCAAGCGAUGCCAUGACGCAAACUGCGCGUGUGGCAAGGAGCUCUGUUGGGACAAGCUUGGCUCGAAUUUCAGCAAGGCCUAUGUACUUGCACUUUUCUACCAGGCCGUGGAGGGUGUGGUGGCAAUGCACGGCCAGGGUUUGGUGCACAGAGAUAUCAAGCUUGAAAACAUCAUGGUCAGCUGCAAGGAGAACCGGUGCUAUGCAGCCGUCAUCGAUCUGGGCCUUGCAUGCGAGGAGGGUGCUGCUAUUGACACCGGUGGCACGCCAGGCUAUAUGGCCCCAGAAGCAUGGGACGUAGCUGGAAAUGGACAUGCAGCCGGUGAUUUUCUCUUUAGGUGUGGUUCUGUACCGCCUGCUGUACAGCCAACUGCCGCCCUUUCACUUGGACAAGUUAGGCAUCCAGACGAAGCUUUACAAGCCAAGCGAAGAUGA